ACAGUUUUAUAUACAUUUUUUUAAAGAAAAUUAUGAAUUUUGAUAUAAAAAAGUACAAUUUGAUAACCUCUUAUCAAAAGGAUUAUGUAGAGAAACCCUUUAAACGAGUGCCCAAACCGUUUUCUCGUCAGGAAUUUGAGGAUCCGAUUGCAGAAAGCUACAGAGUAUAUUUAACAUUGGAAGAUGGUGAUAUUGUUCCACCGAAUGAAAAUGUAGAACAAUAUUUCACGAAGGUGUUAGUUUAAAAUAUUCUAUUGUCUGUUCGACCAGUGGCGUAGACAUUCAAAAAAAAUUUUGAAAAACCUGCACGCAUCUAUUUUCAAGAACCUGUUAACAAAGACAUAAUAAGAAGAAAUAAAAUAACCAAAGGAACUGUAACUGAAUAUCAGACAAGUUAUUGUGAUAUUGAGAACGAUCUUGAGCAGUCAUCAAAAGGCCACGAAACGCUAAAAGCGUUACCCAAUGAUGCUGAAAUUUGUUUAACAACGUAUAAAUCCUACCACGGGAAUCUUGCACUUUAUCAUGGGGGCAAAAUCGAAAAACAGGCACCCAAAAUUCGUCCAGACAACUUAGAAAUAGGAACGGGUGACUACGCUACGCCUUCUGUGAGUGAAUAUUCACGUCAUAUCGGAAAACUUGGUGGUUUCAUUGUACAAAAUAUGUACGAAAAACUCUCAAAAAUAGAAAAUUCAUAAAACGAAACACACUAAAAUAACUUAGUUACAGGCAAUGUCAAAACACUCCAACCAGUGUCAAAAUUUUUGUGAAAUAAAUAUCUAUUUUUCGUGUUUUUUUUUAUUAUUAAAAUUUGCAAUGGUACUUGAUCAGUUUCAGACUACUUACAGGAAAGAUUACAUAUGGCCUUACGUCAGAGCAUACGGAAUAAAGAUUUCUCCCGAAUUUCCUGAAGCAGGAGAUCAGGCACACGCAUGCAAGUGCCAAUGUCCUAAAAUUGAACAACCCAAGGCAACAGGUCCUGAAACAUCCGAGAUAGCAUGGAGUCGUUUGGGUCCUAUGGGUCCCCUUUUGGAUCCCAAAAUAUAUCCUGUUAAAACUGGUGCUAGUCCAGAGUCUCAGACUAGUCGUUACAAUCAACCGAACGUCUAUCUUGUAAAACUAAAAGAAAAAUAUCCAUUUAUAUACGAAUGCUUGAAGAACGCCCCUCCAGAUGACUUAAUUUCAAGAAUAAAUAGAGAUAGGCUCAGGACAACGUAUCAAGUCGAUUAUUGCAAACUGCAGGAAUACCCUGAUGCACCCUACGACGAACUCUUACGAGCAGCUGGUGUCGUUGGUGCACCUCCAUGUUCUGCCCCCGUUAAACUACCAGGAGAUCCAUGCAGACCUAACCAGAGAUCAGUUGCGUUUCGUCCUGCUGUUAUUAGCAACAGAGUGGGUGGUGGCAAAUCGGAAGCAAAAUCAAGAGAAGAAGGCGGUGCAGGCUUGAGUGGUCAUUGUGCCGGAAGUUGCCGAGGUCCACUUGGUACAAUGACGGCAGGAGCUACGGAAUACCAAGACGCUAUUUCCAGAUUAGGCCAAAUGAUAAUCAGAGACAAAAUUCACCACACCUUACCCAAAAGGAUAAUCUAGUCGUCAUUUGUC